GAAGGCACACUGAAUGUUGGCAAGUAGUUCAAAAUAUUUGAUCGUAACGUCAGACGUCUAUCCUGGCCCCAUUUCAUAGUGAGUCACAUAAAGUUAGCUGGCUUAACUUUCAGGAAGCCUAGGGAGACGGCAUGGAUUCGUUUCUUGGCGAAUUUGAAGAAGCAAAUGUGGCGGAACUUCGCUGGCUAAGGGGGGUGUACCGAUUUGUGGAAGACACCCUGUGUCCAGUUGCUGAGCAGAGCGCUGGGCAGCUGGCGUUAGCUGUGGUCAGAGCGGUGCAGCAGACGCUGGGCUCCAAGGCCGGCAUUCUGCCUCUGGGCUACAGGUUGGUUUCUGUGUCUGAGCUGGUCACCAGGCAACAUACUCUCUGCUGCAGCCAUUUCACCUGGAGUAGCAUGCAGUACAGAGAGUGGAUCAAGGAGGCGGAGCAAGGGCUUCCCAGUCAGAAAGCUCUGCCGCAGGCUUACUUGCUGCUGAUUGGUUGUCUGACUGAUGAGGGCGGUGCAGAAUCAAGUGGGGUGUGUGAUCAGACGUGGAAGGUGAAGGACGGAAGUGGGUGUGUGCAUUGUGAGAUUCUCAACCCCUCACCUGAGUGGCUGGGACAGUUGAUGCUGUUUCCCAGUUGGAACUACAUUCCUCAGCAUGCUUCAAGACAGGGCCAGGAAGUAGAGGGUUACCUGGAGCUGAGUGCUACUCCCCUGCCUCUGAUCCCCAGUCCCACACACUUUGACCCUGGGGGUUACAUGCAUAAGUUAGUGGGGCCCAGGGAGGCAGUCAGACUGCUGCACCUGAGGGAGAAGCACAGAGGCAUUCGCCUGGAGGUGUGUGGGCGGGUGAGCAUGCUGGGUCCCCAGAUGGACAUCAGAGGAAAGUCAUUGUUCUGCUUCUGUUUGACAGAGGGGGACUGCAGUGUUCCUGUUCUGGUCACGGACCCUGGCUGUCUGAGCUGGCAGCAAUGCAUGCAUGUAGGUGCUCUUGUGUGGGUGUCAGGGCUGCGGCCCUGCGUGCUGAAGGGUGUGCCUGGCCGCAGGGCACUGUGUGUCACCCCUCAGUCCUGCUUGCACCUCACACAAGAGCUCCUAGCUGCACCCCUGCCCUGGGACACAGCGACUCACACCGUGGCAGAUGGCAGGGACAUGGAAUCAGGUCCACUGGGACAAAAGGAGACAGAGGUAGACACACAGUCAGAUAUGGAGACAGAUGCGCAGACGGAGGCAGACAUCCAGAUGGACGUGCAGACUGUCACUUCUCAACCACAGGCGCUCCCUACAAUCAAGACCAAACUUUCCAAAGUCAUCAGCUACAAGGGGGUGGUGUCUAAAGUCCUGAACUUAGAGGCUGGGCUGUACGAGAUUGACGGGAAGGUGGGGCUGUGUCUGGCCUAUCAGCCACUGCAGAGAGGAGGGCGUGGCUUCAGACCAGGGGCGGAAGUCGAGCUCCAUGACGUCCACUUCCUCUACCGGCCCUCUCUGCACACCCUUCCCACGAUGCUGUGUGCAUGCCUGCGCUCCAGUGUGCGGGUGACAGCCUUCAGUCGCCUGGAAACAGGGGUGACGCCCUGUCCUGCUGCGGACUCCCCCACCAUCCGCCUGCUGCUGGAGAGGAAUCUAGGCAUAUCCCAGUACCUGUGGCUGUGCCACUGCUUGCCUGCACUGAGAGAGAGGCUGUGUCCUCGCUGGGUGAGAGAGGGGCGUGUCGGGGUGGUAGCAGGCAGACUGCUGGCUCUUCUGCUUCCUCCUGGGCAGGAGGGUGGACGACCGAGGGAUAUGUUCAAAGAGAUGCUGGAGGAACCACACCACUGCCCUCUAACUGAAUACUCCAUCAGCUGUCCCUCACAUGAGCUACUGUCAGUGCAAGAUCUUCGAUCCUGGAUGGAGAGAGAGUGUUGGCACUCCAUGUCCCUGCCCUCGUUACUGCCCCCCUCCGCUCCCCACCUGACCCGUGCUGAACUCAACCCCCUCCUAGCCUGGUCUGUCCACGUGCUGCCUGCCUGGACCCUGCCCACACCCAAGGUGCUGGUAGGCGUAUUUCGGGGUAGUGGCAGAGGGCCGUGUAUUCAGUUAGUGGACCAGACCAGUGUGGUCAACUGUGUUGUCGUGGAAAUAAGGAAGGGCCAUGGUUACUGUGCUGCCUACAACACCGCCUGGUUAGGUUGUUUGGUGUGUGUACAGCGCUACACUCUGGUGAUGGAGAGAUUUCUGACUGCUGACUUCCCUGCCUGGACAUACUUGGACCAGGAGCGUUACAUCACACAAAGACACUCCAGGGUGUAUAUUCAGCUCUGCCUGGAUGAUGUGCAGGUCCUCAGCCCAUCUGUUGCCAUGACAACAUACCGCAGUGCCUCAGAGCGAGGGAGGUGUGGAGAGGGGGAGGAGCCUAGGGAGGGAAGGAGGACAGGCGGAGGGAGAGCAGAGGAAAGAGGAAGGCAGGAGCAGCCCGGGCAGCCGGAGAGCAGGAGUAGGGAGAGGGGAGCCAGGCAGCCACCACCAGGCAGAGGGAACCGCUGCAAGAGACCCAGGAGAGACAUACAGGAGGCCAACCGCCAUCCAGAGAGUGGCACUGCACAGCCUGCAGAGGGACGAGCACGAGUGGGGGAAAAGGAGGAUCCAUCCUUCAGCGGCGCUGGCUGCCUUCUGACCUCUGACCCCUGCGUUUCUGUUGUUCUCUGUGUGGUGUCCAAGGAAGGCCUGGCCUUUCGGAACAUCCAUGUUCUGGAACAUCCAGAAGGAGCCCCCGGGCUCUCCCUGUGUUUUGGAGCAUCUGCCACAUUGUUUGGGGGGGUGCAGAGAUGGGAACAGGACCCCAAAAACUGCCCCCUGGAAGAGAGAGAAACUGAUAGAGGGGGAGCUGAGAACAGAGCGGUGGAGCUGCAGUUUGUUGGUGACUCUGUCCGCUGGUACCCCUUUCUGCAGCCUGGCUGUGUGUACAGGGUGGUGGCUCCCCACACACAGGACCCCUCUGUUCUCUGCAGCUCUGCUCUCCCGGUGCACGAUGGUGUUCAGCUCCACAGCGCCCCCUGUUUGCUGGUCCAGGCACAAUGGCACUUCCAUACACUACCACAGGAAAACCGGAGCUUGGUACAGAAGGUCAUGUCCGUGUCAGAUGUCCUGUACAACAGCGCUGCUGCUGACCUCGUCACUUUUGAGGGCGUGAUCUCCCACAGGAUAACGUUGCUGGAGGAGAGAGGGAAGGCCUCCACCAUCCAAUCAGAGCUCCGCAAGAAAGGUGUGGACGUGGAGCAGGCUCUGAAUGUCAGGUUGACGGUGCAGGACCUUGUGUCUCCUGGGCAAACUGUGCAGGUGUACUUGGACCUCUCACAGCAGCCAUACCUCCUAGGGCUAAUACCUGGGGCCAUGGUGCUGUUCUACACCUUCCAACGCAAGGUGUCGCGGGUGAAUUGUGUGUAUUGCCGCUCCAUUCCUGUCAGUUGUGUGGCAGUUACUGCAUUGGGGGCAGAUGGGUCAGCAGCCCCCUGCGCCCUGCCUCCCAUCAUGCACCUGGGCGAGUGGGCAUUGGAGGGGUCGCAGCGGAGCAGUGUGGGCAGGGUGCGGGGUCAUGUGGUGUGCCUGCUUUAUCUGCAGCUGUGCUGGGUGUGCUCCUUUUGCACGAGUGUCUUCAAACAGGAAGUGUGUACCCGGACCCACCCCCCUUGCUCCUCUACUGUUCCUGUCUUUCAGGCAGAGGCAAAGGCAGUGGUUGAGGACGGCACUGGCGAGGCACAUGUGUGGUUCUCCUCUCAGACAAUCCCAGAUCUGCUGGCUCUGAGUGUGACGGAGUGGGAGGGGCUGCAGCGGCUGGUUAUGGUCAGAGGUCAUCUGAGGGUAUACCACCGAGGGAGGCAUGCGGUGUCUAAUGAAGACAUGGAUGACCCCCUGCUGCACUACCUGUCCUAUCUGUGCUCCUGUGGGGCUGUAUGUCGCGCUCUCACUCUCAUCUGCCGACUUCAGCCCCGGUCCCAGAGGAGCACUGCACACAGACAUGAGAGUGCCCAGCUGAAGAAGUUCACCCGGAGGGACAGAGAGUUCAUCACGAGGAUUCCACUCCCCCUACAACUCAGCUGUACAGAACUGAGGGAAUGGGACAGUUCCCUGUGACAGUGACAGGAGUGAGAGAGGGGUAAAUGGAAAGCCAAGGAGAGUUGGGGAAGCAGGAAAUGAGGGAGAGAGGCAGACUGAAGGAGUGGGAGAGUGCAGUGUGGACCAGUGGGAGACAUGGACUUUUAUAUGACUCUAGCAGUCACUUUUGUGUGUACCAUAAUAUAUAAUGAUGAACCUAAA